AUGACGGUUCGUCUAUCACGGAUCCAACUUGCCCUGUUCUUUAUCUUGCUCUGUCCGGUCAAUAUCAUCGGACUGUGGUGGGCGGUGGGCAGUCCGCUGGUGAUGGACCCCAACAGUAUCUGCAGGAAGGCGAAGCGUCUGGCAGGGAAGCAGGCUGAGCUGUGCCAGACUCAGCCAGAGAUUGUCAGUGAGGUGGCCAAAGGGGCCAGGCUGGGAGUCAGGGAGUGCCAAUACCAGUUCAGGUACCGCCGGUGGAACUGCACCAGCCACAACAAGUACUUUGGCAAAAUACUGCAGCAAGAUAUUCGGGAGACAGCGUUUGUUUACGCCAUCACGGCAGCCGGGGUGACCCACGCUGUGACCCAGGCCUGCAGUAUGGGAGACCUGCUGCAGUGCGGCUGCGAGGCCACCAGGAACAGAGCACCUCCGAGGCCUCCUUCAUCCUCCUCCUCGGGGGAUGGAGUCAAGUGGGAGUGGGGCGGCUGCGGAGAUGAUGUGGAGUUUGGUUAUGAAAAGUCAAAACAGUUUAUGGAUGCCAAGAGGAGAAGAGGCAAGAGCGACAUCAGGACGCUCAUUGAUCUGCACAACAAUGAGGCUGGGCGGCUGGCAGUGAAGCUCUACAUGAGGACAGAGUGCAAAUGCCACGGACUGUCGGGCUCGUGCACCUUGCGCACUUGCUGGAAAAAGAUGCCUCAUUUCCGUGAGGUAGGCGACCGUCUGCUGGAGCGCUUCAACGGCGCCUCCAAAGUGAUGGGCGGCAACGACGGCAAGACCCUGAUCCCAGUCGGCCAGAACAUAAAGCCACCAGAUAAGCAGGAUCUGAUCUACUCGGACGAGUCGCCCGAUUUCUGCCUUGCAAAUCGGAAAACGGGUUCACUUGGGACUCGAGGCCGCAUGUGCAACAGCACAGCCAUGGACAUCAGCGGCUGUGACCUGCUGUGCUGCGAGCGUGGCUACAGGGAGGAAACAGUGGUGUUUGAGGAGAACUGUCUGUGUCGUUUCCACUGGUGUUGUGUGGUCCAGUGCAAGAAGUGCUUGGUCCGAAAAGAGCUUAGUCUCUGUCACUGAUGAACUGAUGAACUGAGGUUGAGAGUAGUCUGUGUGACAUGGUUCAUUAUAAUUACGUCUGUUACUUUUUGAGGUGUUUGCUUUUAGUUGUGUAAGUGUGAAAGAAGGAAAGGGUUUGGACUUUCAUGGUGAUCCUUUCCUUUCCCGUUUUUGCACCAGUUACAAUCAGACAAUGCCCCCAAAAAAUUUCAUUUCAAAUAGUGAUCGGCUUCCAGAAAGACGUAAACGCAACCGCACGGAACCAAUGGAAAACAGGGACUAUGUUACUUCACUGAACUACCUAUUUUUCAUUUCUUGUUUAUGAAAAUGGACCAAAGAAUGUGAAAAUGUGCAUUUUCCAUCUAAUUGAAAGAGGAGGACCUAUGCUUGGAAGACCUUGACACGACCAGCCAACAGUUAUUUUCGUGCCUCUUCCUUCCACUACCAGUUCAACAGCAGAGCUUGCUGUGGGUCUCAAACCAAAGAGUUUAUGGCAUCAACAUGUAUUGAUGCACCCGAUUUGAUUACGCAAUUUCCUUGAUUGUAUGAACUGGCCACAUUGAAGAUUAUGUGUUUUUCCUGUACUAUCUGGCAUUAAGAGUCCUUCAGAGACUGCUGUCUAUCUGCAGCGUCACAGAAAAAUCAUGGAUCAUGGAAACAAAAAUCUGAUUGUUACCCCAACAUAUAAGCGCAGUUUAAGGUAUCUUUAAUUCUUGAUCGGAGCAUCUUUACAGGCCUAUUAUACCAAGAUCUUGCAAACUGUUGAUCACCAUCGCAGCAGUCCCUCAGUUACAGUAACUGUAGCCUAACCUUGUCAUGGAGCAGGCACACCACAUACAUAAAGAUA